AUGACAUCACUGUCAAUAGCAGCUGAUCAUGAACCACAGAUUCACAACAAGAAUGUUGGGAGAAUAAUGAUUCGAAUGGAUUUAUCUAAAAAGAAUGUGAUCAGGCCUUUAAAGCAGGCAGUCAAGAUUAAAGGUUCAGAGCAAAAACUAACAGCCAUGAAAUUGUGCUCUUUGGAGGAACGAACAGUAAUAUUCCUAAGACAUUAUAUUGGAACCGGAAUUCAUUAUAUUGGGACCGGUAUUAAUCCCCUACAGCCUAGGGGAGUGCCACAAAUUGGGGUCACUUUUGAGAUUGACACAAAUGGACUACUACAUGUGAUUGCUGAGGACAAGGCAACGAAAAAGUCGCAAUUCAUUGUCUUCAAUGGUAAUAGGCUGCAUAGCAAGGAGGAGGCUGAGAGGGUGAUUAACGAAGGAUUGACCCUAGUUGGGAAUGUUGCAUUUUCUGGUACUCCUCCUGCUUUAAGGGGAGCACCAAAAGUUGAGGUCACUUCUGAUGUUGAUUCUAAUGGCCCAUUACAUGUGAUAGCAGAGGACAAGGCAACAAACAAUUCCGAAUCCAUAACCAUGGACAAAUGGUGGAUGGUAAAGCUGGAUGAGUCAACAGAGGAGGAUAGGAAGAUGCUGGAGAAAUUUCGCAACUCUUAUGAACAACGUUAA